AUUCCAAGUAAAAAAUUCUCCUAUUAAAACAUUUCAACAAACGUCUCUCCCCAGCCACCGCACGACGCACACCAGUCCACACCAAAGGGCACUUUUCAACAAAAGCACAAAACCAAAAUCAAACCCCUAUCAGCACGACGCCGUUUAUACUUCCCGGCGACGAAAAUUCACAUGGAAUUCUCCGACGAGAGGUCAUCCGAUGGCAAAGUUUGGGGCCUAUUCAAGCUUCCAUUUCGGAACCAGCACUCGAAUAGGACAUCGUCUUCUUCUGGUUUUUCCCAUUAUAAUCAGCAGCAACAGAGUUACAAUAAUCAUGAUAAUAUUGAUGAUAAUUCUCAGACGGAAGGACCAAGGGCUCAUGGUUCCAGCCCGGUUUCUUCUGUUGCCAGAUCUCUGCUCCCGACUCGACGUCGUCUUAAGCUCGAUCCCGCUAGCAAGCUCUAUUUUCCUUAUGAACCUGGUAAGCAAGUCCGAAGUGCUAUUAAGAUUAAAAAUACAAGCAAAUCUCAUGUAGCUUUCAAGUUCCAAACAACAGCACCAAAAUCCUGUUUUAUGCGACCUCCUGGGGCAGUUCUUAGUCCUGGCGAGAGUAUUAUAGCAACUGUAUUCAAGUUUGUAGAGCCUCCAGAGAACAAUGAAAAGCCAACGGAUCAGAAGAGCAAGGUGAAGUUUAAAAUCAUGAGCCUAAAGGUGAAUGGACCUAUGGACUACAUAGCAGAACUGUUUGAUGAGCAGAAGGAGCAAGUGGCUGUGGAGCAGAUACUUCGGGUAGUAUUUCUAGAUGUGGAACACCCUAGCCCUGCUAUAGAAAAACUCAAGCGGCAGUUGGCUGAGGCUGAAGCUGAACUGGAGGCUCGCAAGAAGCCUGCAGAGGACACAGGUCCAACGUUUAUUGGUGAAGGACUUGUCAUUGAUGAAUGGAAAGAAAGAAGAGAAAGAUAUCUAGCCCGUCAACAAGUAGAAGGGGCAGACUCUAUAUGACCGGAGGUUUGUUGUUCUCCAUGGUCUUUUACUUCAGUCUUCAGCUGGAAAUUUCUGCCAUGCGCUUUAGAUGGGUGUAUUUAUAUAUCAAAAAACAUUCUGUUACAAGUGUUGGUAGGAGAUACUCGACUGUCAAUGGGUGUAGAUAUUAUGAUUUUGCUUCUUUAAGUGUGAAAAGAUAUAUCUGUUUCAGGUUUCUUUGAAUUA